AUAUAUCUUGCUUUGACUUCCUGUGGUAGUAGUGUGAUGCUGACUGUCUGGGAGGGGGUAGAGAUGAUUUUGCAGAUCGUAAAUAGAAGCAUAUCACAUAUAAAACAACAUUAAUUCUAAAUAUCAUUGAAAAUAUAUGUUUAUUUGCUAAUUUCACUAUUCUUUCUUGUAUUUCUCUUUAUUCCAGCAGUCAAUUCAGGUGUAAAGAAACAGACCAUACAUGCCCCCCUUCCCCCAUUAUAUGCAAAGGAUCGUCGAGUGGGACUGGAAACUCGCGCCUGUUUCCUCGGAGACAGUUGUUUGAUUUUCAAAAUGGCGGCCUCCGGAAUAACAAAACUUCUCUAAAAUAAACUAUUUCUUACAAUUUACGGUAUUUUGUAUUCAAACUUUUAUCUCGAAAAUGCCCGAGGAGAAAAAGGACGACACAAAGAGCAGCAUGGAUGGUGAAGAGGAGACAGAAGAUGAGACUCCUUCAGAUAUUAUGCCGCUUUUCUUCACAAGCAAAACUCAGGAGAUUUUUGCAUGCAAAGGGGACGAAGACGUGACGGACGAAAACCCCUUUAAAUUAAUCCCAAAAGAGGCUAUCGAGCAAGACUUCAAAUCACGUGCUGCAAUUUCCGACUUUCAUCCUGCUAAAAAAAUUGUGCAGUCUUAUCCAGCAGAAGAACUUCUAAUUGUUUAUGAUCCAGCAUUCAAAUAUGGACAAAACUUCUACCUCUGCCUUACUGAAGAGGCCAAGGAAAGACACCUAAAUCCACCUAAAGAAGAGCUUGGAGAGGGAGAGGAGAUUGAAGGUGAAGAGGAAGUAGAGGAAGGGGUGUUUAGGAGAUUUCCUCGGACUCCCCAACCCUGGGAAUCCCUCGGCAGUGAGCUGGAAGUGGAGGAAGAGGUUGUGGUUGAAAACCGUCCAAAGGUGAAGUUCAGGAUAUCCCGGCUGCGGCGUGAGUUUGGUGCUCCAGUGUCGUUUACCACUCACAGUGCCACUGAUGCUAAGGGUGGUUUGAUUGACUGCCCAUCAUAUGACGAGGAAACUCCAAGCUUUAAGAAAAUGGAAUUUGAGAAAGCCAUUCAGGCGGUCUCUGUCCUAGAGGAUGUGGGCAGUCAGACAGAUUGGCUUAAACCAUGCAAUGCAGCCACUCAGUAUGUUCCUCGUGAGUUUGAGGAGUAUGAGAAGGAAAAGAUAAACAAGUCCCUCAUGUUCAAGAACUUUGUCAAUAAAGUAACACCAAGGUUUGAACUAGCCCUGCAGCAGAAUGAGAUCAUGAAUGUGUUCUAUGAUGACUAUGAGUCCAUGGCUGACGAUGAGACAACAUUUGGUGCUAAGUCGGACAACUACCUCAAGGAAUAUCAGUCAUUUACAGAUUUACUCUACAGCAAGGAGAAGACUAUAACUAGCAUAGAAUGGCACCCAUCCAUUAAAGGGAUCAUAGGUGUGUCCUGUGGGGAGCGCUUGUUAUUUGAUGAGCGUAUCGACCAGUCCUCCAGGAUCCUCAUGACGGCAUCUCUUGUUCUGAUCUGGAGUUUCUCAGACCCUAUUCACCCCCUGGUGCUACUCCAGGCUCCUGAUGAGAUCCACUCAUUCAAGUUCAACCCAUCUGAUCCAAACAUCAUAGCAGGGGGGUGCAUUAAUGGACAGGUUGUAAUGUGGGAUAUCAGUAACUACAGUGAAAGACUAAAGACUCAUAGGCAGUCUCAUGGACAGACAAAGAAGAACUCCAUGAACUCCUUGCCAGGGUUUGAGGAUGAAUCAAUGACAGACAUGUCCCCCAAGAUCAGGUAUUGUGCUGUCUCAUCAAUAGAGCACAGUCAUAAGACAUCCAUCACAGAUAUCCAGUGGAUCCCAGACCACAUGGAGAUUGGUCGUAUGGGCCAUGUGGUGCAGAACAAGUCCCAGCACUGUUGUCAACUCAUGACAUGUGCAGCGGAUGGGACUGUCCUAUUCUGGGACACUAGACCCAAUAAAUCUGCAGCUCCACAAACCACUGCAAACUCAGCUGGGGUACCCUUGACAUUUAAACAUCUGGACUUGACAUGGAAGCCCAUCCUUAAGACCACUGUUCAGCGCCAGACAGGGACGGGCGAGUUUGGACCAAAAGUAUUCAGCAUAUUUGAGAAACAAAGCAAGACUAAAGGGAAGCCUAGCAAUGAGUCAGCAGACGCCGAUAAUACAGGAGUAAGCCGGCUGCCCUCAAAUGUUGCCAAGGGGAAGGACCAGGGGAAACCUCUUGAGAAUGUCAGCACAAAGUUCCUUGUUGGGACUGAGGAAGGGGAUCUUGUGUAUUUGGACUGGAGGCCAGAGAAAGACACCGACAGCGGCAAGAUCAUGACGCCACGCCCUGAGCACGUGUGGGCGGCGCAUGACGGCCCUAUAAACACCCUCCAGGUGUCGCCGUUCUUCAAGGAUAUUAUACUGACAGUGGGAGGGUGGACUUUCGCCAUCUGGAAAGAGGGGGUCAACAGUGAUCCCUUGCUGCUUUCUUCUAGUCACAUCGUUAAGCUCACAAAGGGCCAUUGGAGCCCUUCAAGGCCCGGCGUGUUCUUUAUCGCCAAGGCGGACGGAAUGGUGGACGUUUGGGACUUAUUGGACAGGUCCCACGAACCAUCACUGACGCAGAACAUCACGGCAGCCACCAUCACCACAAUAUUCCCCCACCAAGUGUCCAGUAAGCAGCAGCUGCUGGCAGCAGGCGACAGCACGGGAACCCUGCACGUGAUGGAAGUGCCGUGGAACCUAAGGCACCCCUCUGCGAAUGAGGCGAACGUAAUGGAGAAUUUUUUUGAGCGUGAGGUCAAACGGCUGGCGUUCGUGGAGGAGCGGAAGAAAAUGCGAGAAGUGGAAAAGCGUGAGCGGGACGCGGAAGAGACUCGGCGGCAACAGGAAGGCAAGAAGCCGGAUGAAAGCGAAGCAGACAUCGAGGCAAAACAGCGAAUGGAAUACCAGGAGUACCUGGAACUUGAAAAGAAGCUUCUUGAAGAACUUGGUAUACGCGAGGAGCCUGAAGACUCCUUGGAUGUCUAGAAAGCAACACGUGGUUGCCAUAGUACGGCGUCGCACAUGACGCGAGAGCGAGGCCCAAGCUAGCAGCAGUAGCCCUUGGUUCGCCCACACUUGUAUAAUAAUGUAUUUAAAAGGUUUUUUUACGGUGUUUAAUGUUCCCGAGUUGUGAUUGUAUAGUGUCUAUUUUAUGUAAUUAAUUGUUUGGUAUUAGCAAUAAAGCUGACAAGUCGUU